AUGGUCUGCAUCAAGCCAAAGAUGUUUCUAACUUUGCUUUCGUUAGUGCUUAACCAGUGCUUUGCUUUCGCGGCCGGAUUCCCCCGCGAGAAAGCUGUCUAUAUCAAUCUUGUUGUGCUAUCCAUUGAAGUAUUCAUGCUUCUUGGAUUCUGCAUGGAUAUUGUCCGUUUCUUCAAUGAUUUUAUGGCUCUGGACAACUGUCCGUCGCUGGCCAUAACUGAAGAGGACAAGCAUUUAAAUGAUGAUAUGGACGACAGUAUGAAUGAAGAUGUGCACGACGAUAUGAACGACGAUCAGCAAGACUGUGAAGAAGACGAAAAAUCGGCUAGUGAAGACGUCUCUGUUUCAGCUUGUGAAGAGACAUCGCAUUUACCCAGCCAAACGACCCAGGGAGCAAUCCAGAUAAAUGCAAUCAUCUCGACGCUUCAGGAAGAGCUCGAAGAGAGGGUUCGAUUAGCAGACGAACUGAGAAAAAAGGUAGAGGGCCUGACUGAAGAAGGAACGAAGCUGGCACGCAGUAUAACAGAACUGGAACGUCUCAAUCAUGAGAAGGAUAGGCAACUCCUCUCAAUGCCAGCCGAAAUGGAAGAGCUCAGAAGAGCGAUAGCGCUGAAGGCGCAGGAGACAGAGACGCUAAGAAGAGAGAACGAGGACAAAGACUCCUCCCUCAUCAUUUUGGAAAACACGGUCGCAGUUCUCGACAUGGAAAAGGAAACGUUGCGUCGAGAUCUGCAGCAGCAGGAAAACAGUCUAACCGAAAUGAAAAAUGAACUACUCAAGAAAAAUGAAGACUUGAAGAAAUUGCGAGAAGAUAAUAGAAGGAAGCAGAAUAGCAUCGAAAGUCUACAGAAGGAAAGCGAGGACCUGAUCUUCCAGAGGAAUGGUUUGGAAAAUCAAUUGCAAGUCCUUACCGUUGAGAAAAAGAUGGCCCAAGAAAAUUGGAAGCAGCUCGAUCUAUGCAGGGAAGAAUUAGCUGACAAAAGGAGGGAGUUGGAGGACGGUAAAGCCCACAACCUCCGGAGGGAUAGAGAGAUCCUCCGCCUGGAGAAUGAGCUCUCUCUGAAGCAAAAUGAGGUCCUCGGUUUGACAAAAGGAACCGAAAGUAUUGUAGCACAAAUGGCCAAUGGAAAGAUCAAUGAAAUGACGAGGAAGGUAGUCCAACUUGAAUUCGAGCUUGCUGAGAUGAAGGAGGAGCUUGAGACAAUGUAG